UUGCUACUUGCUACACGCCCUACACGUUCUGAAUUCUGAUCACCAUGACCCCCUCCUUGCCGUCGCUGUUGCUCGUCCUCCUGCUGGCCUUGUGGACGGCGCCCUACCUCCCAGCGCGCGCCGGCUGCCUCACGCACAUCCACCUGUACAUGCACGAGACCUUCGCCGGCCCAAACGCCACGACGCUCACGGCGGUGCCGUCCCCUCUGGGCGCCGACGCGACGUUCGGGGCGGUCGGCGUGCUCGACGACGAGCUGCGCGACGGGCCGGACGCGAGGAACUCGUCGCUCGUCCGCCGGUACCAGGGCCUCUUCGUCAGCGCGGGGCUCGUGAGCCCGCCGGGCGCGCAAUCGGCGAUCAACCUCGUCUUCACGGCCGGCGAGCGCCACGGGAGCACUCUGGCCAUGCUGGGCCCCGUGCUGAGCUUCACGAGCGCCAUCGAGCGCGCCGUGGUGGGCGGCACCGGCACCUUCAGGAUGGCGCGCCGGCAGCCCCACGCCGGAGUCCCUCGUCUACGAGGUCGACCUGUUCCUGGACAUGUACCAUGCCUGAUCGAUGGUUGUGCUUGUUGGUUUGUGUGCGUACAGUGCUAUUGUGUAGGAAUAUUAACACGGAAAGUCAUGGAUGAAGAUGCUGCAAUCGCAGCUGUGAUUGAUGCAGUUGAACUCAAAUGGGAAGAGCAGUCAUCUAAGAGAGGGCAAGCUGCUGGAAGGUUUACAUCAGGACGCCAUAAUGAGUUCGGAGAUGGACUAAUCAAUGUAACCAACAUUUGCAAUGGUAAAAAGCUUGCUGAAAUCUAUGAGGACCAAACUGAUCUUCUUGCUCAAAUCCGGUGA